AUGCUCUCCUGCGUGGUGGAUAAGAAUCCUGACAAGGCCAACCACGCUGCUGUCAUAGGAUAUCUGAUCAUGGGAUUAGACAUGGAAUUGGCCAUAAUGGAUGCUCCUGUGGGUGGCUCAGGUCGGGUGUCAGGAAGUAUCAUGGAAAGGAAAGGAGCUGAUGAUGAAUACAGUACCGUGAAUACAAUCAACAAGCGAAAGAGAAAAGAAGUUGAUAUUGCCACGAAACCCCUACGUACCAGCACAUUAUCACCAUCCUUCAAUCGACAAUCUUCACCCAAGUCACAAUCACAAACCCUUGCAUGA